AUGACCAGCGGUGUUCCGCAAGGCUCUGUUUUUGGCCCUGAACUUUUUAAAGUCAACCCAGCCAAGUCGGUAUUUAUGAGCCUGGGGAAGGGUGCAGACGGCCGAACCUACACCCUUGACGGCCAAACGCUAUAUCCCACACCCUCCGUGAAGGACCUAGGUGUACUCUCACGCUACGAUUUGAAGUCCGUGGACAACACGAACAGGCUAUAUCGGAACGGACUGCGCAUGCUUUGGGCGCUCAAACGUAGCUUCUGCACAUGGUCUGAAGAGGUUGCCACUCGCCUGUUCUCUUCUAUCAUUAGACCAAUGCUAGAGUACGGUUCGCCCGCCUACUUUCCGAUUACCCGAGGCGAGGCACAAAAGAUCGAACGGGUCCAACACGUUGCUACCAGGCUGAUCCCGAGUUUACGUGGCUUUGGGUUUGAAGACCGGUGCGAGAAACUAGGACUCUACACCUUGUCCUACCGUCGGGUACGAGUCGACCUCAUUAUGACCUACCGAAUUCUACAUCUCGGAUUAGUUUUCCCCUUACAAGUUCCUGGUGGCGGUAUCAUGACAGCUGCCAGGGACAGUUACAUUACCAUGCGCGUUCGACCAUCUCAAUCGAUUGUAAAAUCAAUCGUUCGAGUACAUGCGUCCCAUUUCUCAAAGCGAGCAGAACAACGAAAGAAAAUUCGAGACAAUUCUGAGUAUGAUAUAUCGUCGCAGAAUAGCUGGAGUGGUCUCCAGUCCUUUGUGUUUGGAUAUUCUGCCACAGGUGCAUUAGGUAUUGAACGCCUGGUUGUUCCCAAAGAUUCCACCCCACCUGUCUAUGGCUUAUACCAUCCAGUUCGCGUCCCUGAGCUUAAAAAUCCAAUCAAAGUUGCCUGUGGUUAUGGGUUUACCACAUACAUCUCCAAGUUUAGCUCAACUAACUACUCAGUAUACGGUUGCGGAAUUAAUUCGGAUGGUCAGCUUGGUCAACACCGCGGACUUUCAGGUGAUCUGCAAGUCGGCAAACCGGUUCACGUGCUCCCCACCCCACAGCCUAUCGACUUACCGCUGAGCAAAGAGGAAAGCGAACUCUUCUAUCCAUCCCACAUUGCUUGUGGUAGAGCACAUACGGUCAUCGGCAUGCAGCCUCGCACUGACUCUAGGUCGUUUGCUCUGGCUCGUCCCUUCCUACUCACCUUGGGCAACAAUGCGUUGGGUCAGUGCGGUCGACAAGUAGAGGAGGAUGAGAUCUAUGGGCCCGAAACCGCCGUAACUGGACGUAUUCAACUCCCUGCGGAAGUGACUGGUUUGCAACAAAUCUGUUGUGGUCAGGACCAUACUCUCCUUGUCACCACUGAUGGAGUUGUCUAUUCAACUGGCUUGGGAUCUGACGGCCAAACAGGGCUGGGGCACUUCGAGAUUACAGAUCAGUUCCAACCGGUCCGGAACAUUCUCCAAGGCGUACGCGUCGUCCAGGUGGCUUCUAGUGGCGAUACGGUACUCGCGUUGUCCGAAUGCGGACGUCUGUUCGCAUGGGGUAACAAUGAGUACGGUCAGAUUUGGCCCGCUAGCGAAGACCUUCAGGUCUGCAAUCCGGUCGAAUUGCCACUGGAGCCUUGUGUUGUGCCGGAGGAGACCGGACUGGAUUCGAAUGAUGUGAAAAGUAUCGGACGAAUAUGUUCCAUCGCUUGUGCUGGCUCGAUGUGUUCCGUUCUGAACGAAGACGGUCAUGUGUUCGUAUGGGGUUUCGGUUGCCUCGGUCUUGGUCCCCUUACAACAGUUGCCCCACUUCCUACCCUAAUACCUCCUGGUAUCUUCGUCCCUGCACUACCCAGCACUCCUCAGCGUCUGGUGUCCAUUUACGCCGGCCUACACCACUUCAUCGCUCGUAGUUCCGGGGGUCUCCUCUGGGCUUGGGGCGCCCCUAGAGGAGGACUCUAUUGCCUUGGGUUGGGUCGACGCACCGAAAAGAAUGCCACGCGGCAAACGUAUCCUUUCAUGCUGGAAAUUCCCGCUAUAGCGACGCAGGUCGCAUGCGGUGUGGACCACAGCAUUGUUUUGGCCAAGUCCGCAUCCUGAGGAAACGAUGUACACAUACUCGCAGUCGCAGUCGUCUACGCACGUCCUUAUGCCUCCGAACGAUUACCUGUCUGCAUUGAGGCUGUGUACAAAAACCAUUUGCUUGUAAAUACAUUUUUCCCAAUUUG